AUCACUCAGCUCGCUCGCUCGCUUGCUCCCCCCCGCUCUACCGCUCGCCAGUCUCCUCGACGGGGCGUUCGUGCCCGUCGUUCGUUCGCCAGAGUGCAAGUGUGAUUUGCUUGGGUCCGUUUGCAGCGCCAGCGCCCAGCGCCCAGUGCGCAAGCUUACAUGUAUGUAUGUCUCACAUGUCAGAACCGUCAUUUGACAGGACCGGCGUGGUAUCAGUGGGUGGCUUGAUUGUUUGCCUGUUCUGCAUGUUUGGCUCUCUUCUCUCUCCGUGCUUGUUUGGUCUGGGGAGGGGAGGGUGGUUCCCAUCUCAACACACGACGAACGCCACGCCACACCGCACACGCACACACGCAAUAAUGGGCAUUAUUCGGGCCUUAUUUUGUCUUUUCCUUUUUAUUGUCUUGCAGGCGGCACGUCCGCCUCACCUUUUUGCUCUCUCUCUGGCGCCCACAUCGUCCGUCCGCCUUGCCUCGCCAAAGCCUCCUCCUUUUUCGCCUUUCUGCUUAUUCCGUAGACACUCGCUGACGUGCAGGCGGAGACGCGAUAGGCUCGUCGGUGGUCUCCGACGUCGAUGAGACACUGAGAGGCCCCCCCCCCCCUCGAAACAAAAGGACGGGAUGUGGACCACGUAUGCCUAGGGGGUUUAGCAGCAACACCCGAUGCCUUUCUCCCUUACCCGAUCAUGAAUUUUCUGAUUUAUUUGAUGUGGGCGGGGAAAAGUGAGACAGACAGCAU